AUGGCCUACAUGCACAUGCACAAACACACACACACACACACACAUACAGACACAGAGACCACGUUGAACGACGAAGGCCGGAGAACCCCGGGCCAGCAAACAUCGGAGUCCCGCCGAAUGACCUCGACUUCAACACAACUUUCCACUGGUACCCUUCCGCCAGGAAGGAGAGGAUCUGCGCUCCUUGAAGGCUCUUGUAGCGCUUGGCAGAAAUGGAGCCAAAAGGGUCCUGGUUAA